GCAUCAUGUCACAAACUAAUGAAUUAUCAUCAAACGGGUUGGGCUAUGUAACAUUCAGGGAAGCCUGCACUCUAGUAGGGCAAGGGGCCAAGUGCCAAGGAAAAGGGCAAAGCAUAGCAAAUCAAAGAGAAUUUGUAACGGCUAUGAUGCUACUGGGAGAAUUUGCUACCUUUACUGAUAGACUUAAAUAUCAUUUGGUUGCUGAGGCCGAAUAUAGAUAACCCAAAUAGAUUUAUUUUCUUAGCAAUUUUUAUUCAUCAAGCUAUUAAUUGCUCAAGGUUUGUUUAUAUUUUGCAAUGCUUGUGCAAAAAACCCGUUAAAUCUAAUAAAUUAUAACAUUGAUUCAUAAUAUACCUAAAAUAUGAUAAUCAUAUGAUAAUCUUAGUACGUCUCUAGGUUGGGGUAAUGAGAGGCAAUAGUCAGUUAAGUAUUUGCCAUGAGGAUGAAUGUUAUUUCAGGUAUAAGAAAGAAAGUUGAAAUCAUAAUUAUUCAAAUUUAUUCAUGAAAACCCACGCGUUCACAUGUUUUUCAGACAGGACAUAACAAUUACUUACUUUACUCUAAUCGCUUUAUUUCUAAUCGUUUUCUUUCAGUGUCAAUGUGCUGGUACCGCUAAAUACGCGAAGUGUGAACUGCUGUCUCGACUGGCUCUUUAAACACCCUUGAAUUAUGGUUAAACGUGAUUUAUGUCUAUCUAACGUGAAACAUAAUAGUUUCACUUCCCAAUGUUACGCACUUAGGCAGCUCUUGAUUGGAAUAAGAGGAGCAUUGUUGCUGUUUGGCACUAGAACUUAUUGAGAGCAGACUGGCUUGAUACCUCUGCCACUGAGCCCAAUGCGGUUACUAGGGGUAAGUGCAAAUAGCCCAGAUGCCAACCAAUCGGCAAUUUUGCACAAAAACCAGCAACGUGAUAUACCAGAAAGAAGCACAAAAUGACAACCUCGUUACGAUUCUGUUCUGUACUCGGCCAAUCAAGCACUAUUGCCCCAACCAGAAUUAUUUAGAAGAACAACUACAUCCGUUGACUUGUCUGCAUAAAAAACUUUUUGCUUAGUGUAGAUUAAAAAUGCGGCAUUUCCUGGUAGUUGUUAACCUUCUUUUGAGCAUCCAGUCUAAUCUACAAUACUGAGGUGAGCUCGCUUUCGCUAACAGGUAAUAGCUAUUGAGUUUGAAAAGCAAAUUUUAACAUUGAAACUAACUUCAUCAUUGAAAUUGUUACACCUAAAAAAUGCAUCCUGAUACGUACUGCACUAAUCUAUAGAAACAAAGCGAUGUAAUACCCUCUCCCUUCCCCCUUGCCGCAGUCGAAUAGGAAAGGCUACAAUUUUCUAUCAAUAUCAUAAUAAGACCUAUGCUGUCGAUAACUGCAAAAAUUGAAGCAACUUUUCAUCACAUUUUGUAUCAAAUUCGCACAAGUUUCAAAUGAAUAUUAUCAGUGAGAAAUACUGCUUGUAUUUCAAAUACGACAUUGGCAUCCAUUUUGUUUACAGUUGAUUAUUUUGGAAAACCAAAACUUAUUUAAGUGUGACGUCACUUGCAGAUCGACAACAACAGGGAACCAAGUUGUCUAUGUGUUUGAAUCUGUCUUGUUGCGUAGAAAUGUUGAAUGGAGGGAGCGUCGCUCAAGUCUGUAUCACAUCCUGCUAAACAGAUAUACUUUUAUUUAAGGACUAGCUGUGGGCUUUAUUGCCCUACCUUCAAGCAAAGAAAAAACAAGUUGCCCUGAAAGACCCCCUAGAAUCGACAUUGAAAUAAGACUUUGUUAUUGCACUGAUGGCUUCAGCUGGCAUUGUUGGUGAACUAAAUGCACACCUCGAGAAAAGGAGUAAGACAAUCUCUUCUGAUCCAGCAGUUAUUAGUGUAGAGGAAAACCAUACUGAAGUGAAAAAUGAGGAGGGGAUUGAAGGUGCUUCAAAGAAGAAAUCAAAAGGGGGUAUUUUUGGUAAAUUUAAAAGGCUAGUAAAAAAACCUGGACAAAAGAAGCAAAAUGUUGACAAAGGCUCAAAGGAAAAUGGCCAAAUACAAGACAAGCGUCGGACUAAGUCAACUUCAGAUUUGACAGAGUCUGUGGAGGAAAAUAAAGCUUCAAGUCCAAGUCAUGGCUCAAAGCAAAAGCAUGGCAUCUCGCUGUUUUUCGAGCGAAAGAUAAAAGGCCGUUCAUCAUUGAAAAGCAAAGCUAAGAAGGAUGAGUCCCGCAGUGAGCCUGUUUCCCCUGAAAACAAAGCACGAGCGUACACGAGCCCAGUACGCACGAUGGAGAAAAAGGAGAGAGAGGAACUCGAAACAAUCAAUAAAAAAAUAGCCGAUGACUCUUUCUUUCAAGUUUCGCUCACAAGCCAAGGUCCCGAAACUUCUGUUUUAAGUGGUAUGUCAACAACAUUGGAUGAUUUUGGCGUAGUGUCUGAAGCAAGCCCUGGAAUAGGGCAACAAAAUGUGGCCCAAGAUAGAAUUCGUUUGGCACCUAAAGGAAGACGAAAGCCAACAAGAUUCAACUCAAAAACGGAUACCUCAGAGAAUAAUGCAGCAAAGAAAGAUAAAACUGAGGAAACCUCAAAGGCAGAUAAAACAGGACGGAAGGAGAGUGUUGAAAAACCUAAGACAGUAGAAAAGCCAAAAACAGCAGAAAGACCAGAUAAGGCAGUUGUUACAGAAAAAAUGGAAAAGACGAAAAAGCCACUGGUACCACAGAAACCUCAAAAGUCAGUGAAAGGAAGCAGUUCACCGAAGGCUGAAGGGAUAACUAAAACUGAUGGGGUACAGAUUGAGGUUAAAUCAGACAAAAAUGAGGGGAGUCUGCCUAAAGUAUUGGUUGAGGAACAAACCACUGGCAACCAGACAGAGAAAUUACCAGCUUUGGAUCUCUCUCUAGGUGAUGAUUGUCAAACACUUGAUCUGAGUGACACCGUCAUAAUAAAAACACCCACGGAACCAAGAACAAAAGAGGAUGUCAAAAAAACUAGUACACCUGUUAAUCAGGAUUUUGGUUCUUGGGAACACCUUUUUGGUGCAAGAAGUGACAAAAGUUCAAACAAAAGUGAUUCCUCUGAAGUACUUGUAACCAGUGAAGAAAAACCAGUUAAGGAAGAAUCAAAGACUAGAACUGUUGAAUCUUUUGAUAGGAAAGAAGGACUGAAGGCUGUGGAUGAAAAGAAAGCUUCUGAAGAAAACAAAGGUCAGCUUAUAUUAGACUUGAUAGAAGGAAAAACAGAGGUAUCAAAGGAUGUAGAUGAAAACGCUAAGUCAGGAAAGAACAAAUCUCCUAAAAAUUCUGUUGUUGUGGCCAAAACAGAGGGCGAUGGUAAAGUUGCUUGUAGGAAUGAGCAAGAAAUGUCAACAGCAUUUGAUGCCUUAAUCUCCAGAACACAGCGAGUAAAUGAGGAACAGCAGACAAAAGACAUGAACAGCAAACAAGAACUGAAAGAUAUUCCUAAAAACAAUGAGCUUGCUAAGACAACCCAGCUUAACUGGAGCUUUGACCUGCAAGAGUCAGAUGACAUGCGAAGUAAUGAUGUGCAACCCAUGAUCUUUAAACGUAGCCACUCUUUGUCUUCACCCUCAAAAAAUCAUGAUGUUGACAGUCGAGCAGAAGACAGUAAGCCAGAAUUAAUCAAAUGGAAAAGCAUGGAUGAUUCAAUGACUCAAGAAGAAAGAGAUAAAAAAGAUGAAGCACCACACCCAGCCAAUGGUGAGGUGCCACAGUGGGUAUCUAUUGCUAGAGAGAAGCAUAUGCGACAUUCAUCUAUGGAUGAGGAAGAUGAAGAUGAUGGUACAUUAGAAGAAACGAUGGAAGAAAUUAAAGACAUUGCAGCUCAGAUUGGCCAGCCAAGGAAUAUAGUCUCACCCCCAACAAAGGACAAACCAGCCACUGCAACAUCAAAAAUUCCAAAACCUGCCUUUAAAUCACAAUCAAUGAAAAUCUCUAGUUCCAACACUGCAUCAGCUACUAAGCUACAGCCAAGAAACUCUGUCACAUCGAAGGUAAGUUCACCAGUUAGCACCUGUAUCGUCUGUUCAAAACCAGCAUACCAGUUUGAAAGGUGUGAUGUAGAUGGAAAGGUAAUUCAUAAAAAUUGUGCUCGUUGUUCGAUGUGUUCCAGAACAAUGAACGUUGGCACUAUACGAGUUGUAAAUGAGAAACUGUAUUGUGGAAUUCAUGCAAGAACUGCUGUGUCAUAGGAACAAACUAUUUAUUUGGUUAGAUGUUUAAAACUGACACAGUUGGACCGCACUGCAAUAUCAUUGCUACAUAACGCUAGAUAUUAUAUUUGUAUGUUUUUGUGAUAUUUACAAAGUUUGUCUGUUUACCAUUUUGGUAUUCAUUAAAACAGCACACUUGUUAAUAAACGCUGUUAAGGUCCUUUUAUCAACAUUUUCUAACUGUUGCUCCACUCAGCCAUGUACUUUGAUAGCCAUUAUAACAUGAUAAUUCCAACUAAUGUUCAUUAUAAUGUUUGGUACUGAGUUGGCUCAAUAUCCACCAAAUUCUGAAGGUUUGAAUAGAAAAAUUGAAAUGUAUGAUGUCCAUAUAAAAUUGUUCCUGUAGAUAUUAAACUUGUCACUUGGCUGGUAGCAUAGAAAGUGUUAUAUUUUGUGCCUUGUUUAGCAGUGGGUAGCAAAGUAAUCUUGCAACAUUUUUAAUAUGAUGCAAGCAAAUAUGCAUAAGAUUUCAAAACUGAGCCAUCAUGUAACAGUACUUUGUUUUUGCAGAAGCUAUAAUUCUGUUUCUGUAAAUAGAAGACUUUUAAGAAAAAUGCAUUGUCAUGUAAGCAAAUAAAAACCCCAGUUUCUGUAUAAGGCCAAAUGUUGUUAAAGCAAGGAAGUGUAAAUUUAAAUGAGUAAAGCAGAUUGUUCUCUCACUUGACGUUGAUAGGUAUAGGUAAAUCCUUAUAAACAGCAAGAAGAUUCUAUGAUAAUUUAAUUCACCAGACUUGAUUCCCUGUUUUUUAGUCUUGUGGUACCAGCUUUUAAAAGUAAUUAUGUUCUCCUUCCUAAUUUGCUGAUACAUGUUUUUAAAAUGCCUAAAUUUUACAUUUACCCUUGGCCAAAUUGGAAUGAGAGUUGUUCAAUUUUUUUUCUUUUGAGAAAUUAAGAUUAGUCAAUUUGUUCAAAUGUUGUAGUAUAUUAUUUAUGUUUAUAUUUAAGUCCGUUUUUGUAAGGUUAGAAUACAAAGAUGUUUUCUCUAUGACAGUGUCCUAGUUUUAUGAAAAAUUGCACAGCCUUAAUUUAAGUUAUACUUUAUGGAGAUUAAUGUAAUUUUGUUCAGAAAUUGAGCUUUUUAUCACACAUUUCAUGAAACAGGAAAUAUAUACCAAUUUUUCUGGAUCAUUAUUAGCAAUUGCAAACAAAGAAGCAUGAUUUAUGUUUAUCAUUGUUUAAAUUUUAUGAUAAGAUAUACAUAUAAAUGUUAAAGCCCCAUGCUGUGUUUUGAUUAAAUGUUUUAUUGUCUAUUGCAGACUAAAAUCGUUUUAUAGAGUUUUGCUAAGUUCUUGACAUAAGUAUUGGUAAGUUCUUGACUAAGUUUAAUAGGUUUGUGUAUAAUAGCACUAGUUGCACAUAGAAUGUAAACAAUCCCAAGUUGUAUCUGUGUUUUAGAUAGUAUUUAAUUGAAUAUUUAAGCAUUGUUUGAUUUAUGUGUGUAUUCUAAAAAAGUAUGUUUAGAUGCUGAA